ACCUUGUCUCUCUUCUUUGCGUCCACUCGAAGCCUGCGGCAUCUCAUUCUCGGCACGUCCGUUUUCCUUGUGCAUACCAUACAGUACACCAGCAAGGUCAUCAGCAAGUGCACAGGUAUAAUCGCCAUCGAACCCCGACCCGAACCAACCCCAAGCUCGAAAAGCCACAGAGGCCCCGGUAGCACGAGCAGCACUGCCCCUUUGGCGUCCGAGAACCCGCCUCUGCGCUCAAUCGCACAUCCUUGCGUUGCGCAACGACACCAUUCCCCCUUGGGUACAGGCAUCUCGCCCCUCUUUGCACCCUCUCGCCCUAGAGUAGUGUGCCGCCGCCUCCUUCUCCGCCUCCGCCGCCGCCGCUGUGCUUUGCACCCUGGGCCGCCCCCCGCGCGCCAACUGACAACAGCUAGCCAGCCAGCAGCUGCCGCUCGUGCUCGUGCUCGUGCUAGGCCAAACGACGUUACAACACCACCACCAUGUUUAAAAGAAAGUCUCAACAGCCACAACAAGGCGUCUCUCCCUUGCCACCACCCGCAUCUGGGCGGGCGUCCAUCAGCUCCAUGGCCUCGUCCAACAUGCACGGCGUAGGCGUCCCAGCCGAGCGCGUAAACUCGAUUGCCAGCAUGGACAGCUCGACUACCGCCGGCAAGGAAAAGCGUCGGUCUGGCUUCCUCGGCUUUGGCAGGAAAAAGGACAAGGACAAGGACCAGCAGCAGCAGCAGCCAGGCAGCUCGAGGCCCUCGUCCACAUUCACCGUCAACGGGCGCCCCUCUAUGGGCGGUAUCCCCGAGGACCCGAACGCCGCCUACAGGCAGCAGCAGCAGCAACAGCACGGUUCCAACGCCUUCACUCAGCCCAACGGCAGAGUAGUUGUUCAACAACGCAGCAGCGACUUUGGCCCCGGCAACCUGCAGCAACAACAACAGCAACAGCGCGCGCAGACCAUGGGCCUUCAGCACCGCCAGGAGGUCGCCCCGCCACCGCAGCAACAGCGCAGUGCGAGCGGAGGCGGCGGAGGCGGUGGCUUUGUCCACCGCCCCGCUGCUCCAGAUUCGGCUGUCGCCGCUACGUCGUCAGGCCUCGAGAACCGACCAGAGUACAAGCAGGAGUUUGAGCCCGUUGUCGAGCUCAUCUCGUACCAGCCCCACAAGACGUAUGUCACGAGCCCGCCAGAGCUCGAGAUGAUCUUUGCGCGGACCAGCGCUGGCCACCAGCCCAAGCAGGGACAGCCUGGUAGCCCGAGCAACGACUGGGACUCGGUCUGGCUCCAGCUCUCGGGCACCUCGCUCUCGAUGUGGUCGAUGAAGGAGACGCGCGCCGCCGCCGCUCGCGGUGAGAAGAUCCCGCCAACCUACUUCAACAUCACGGACUCGUCGCUUGAGCUCCUCAACCCCCUGCCUCCGCCUCCUCACCGUCCCAACUCGCACCCCCACAGCCAUGUCUUCUCGCUUAACACGGCGGGCUCGAACCGUCUCCUGUUCUCAUGUCCCAGCGACCACGACCUCGUGCGUUGGUCGAUCGGCCUACGCCUGGCGGCCUGGGAGCGAUCCCGCCUUGAAGAGGUCUACACUGGUCACCUCAUCAGAGCUGGCGGGCGCGAGCCGCGCUCGCCUCUCGUCCGUGGGCGCCUCGAGGGCUGGGUCCGCGUCCGCGUCAUGGGCGGUACCGACUGGCACCGUCUGUGGCUCGUGCUCUCCGACCCGGCUGCUGCGGAGGACCCCAAGGACAGCCCCGGUCGCCGUCACUCGCUCUUCGGCAUGGGCGGCCACAAGAACGAGCACAUUCAGGAGCCCAACACGGGCGUCCCAAUGGCGUCGUUCUACAAUGAGCCCCGCACCGCCAAGAACAAGACGUCGUCGCUCCCUGUGCUCUCGAUCACUUCAGUCAGCCAGACGUACGCCGUCUUCCCCGAGCACCUCGAGGUGAUGUCACAGUCCAACCUCAUGAAGGUCGUGGGCCGUAUCAGUGGCGACCUCGUUACGAUCGAGGGUGGCCUCCGCGACUCUGGCUGGGCCCUCAUCAUGCCAGAGGCGCCUGUCGAGGACCCCGCACCUCCUCACCCGUCGACCCCGUUAUCUAUCAUGAUGCGCUGGGUAACUGGCUUCCACGACGCGUUCAAGCUGUAUGGCCGCCCUGCUCAGUACAGCUGGGACGAUGCCGACCCCAAGAGUCUCUUCUUCGCCUACCCCCAUGGCGAGCUCCGUGGCGACCUCUUCCUCACCCUGGACGAGGCGACCGCCGCCAACCAUAGGCUCAACACGCCCGGUAUCCGCGCCCAGUUCACUGCCCUUGUUCAGAAGCGCACGGUGGCCCUCAGCGAAGAGAAGCGCCGCGCCUCGCUGGGCCUCUCCGGCAUCGCCAACGGCAAGCAGCCGUACGACGAGAAGGCGUCGUUCAUCCGCGAGCCAGAGCAGGACGACAAUCUCCAACAGUCGUCUCCGCCCAAGCUCAAGGAGGACUCGUUCCGUCUUCCUCCUUUAUCGUUCAACAACGAUGAGCCCAAGCAGAAGUCGCCUCCCACUCUUCUGGACAAUCGCUCCCUCACGCCUAUUACCGAGGCUGAGGCCUCGCGCCAGAACUCGACCCACCGCCCUCAGCCGCAGGCCAAGCCCGAGCCCCUUAUCCGUUCUGUCGUUGGCGUGCCCCCUGUGGCCGAGACCAAGGCUGUUUCCGAGGAGAGAUCCGCUUCGCCUUCUCGCUCCCACGCGACGUUUGGCCGUCACGGCAACGAUUCGGAGGAGCAGCUGUCUGCCCCUGCUGAGACGCCGGCCUCGCAGACCAACCCGACCAUCUGGUCGCAGGAGUCUGGAAGAACCCCUCUCGCCAGCAACCACUCUGCCCACUCUACGCCCGUCACGCAGACGCCCACCAUCAGCCACGACUCGCACAGCUUCCAGGCCCAGGCGAGGGGCGGCUCGCAACCCCCGAGCCGCGCCAACUCGUAUGGGCCGCACGCCAUCACGACCGACCGAGUCGUCGUUACCAAGGCCAUCACCCCGCCUCCCGCCCCCGAGCCCGAGAAGUCGUCGUACUUCGCCCAGCCCAAGGUUCUCGCCGCGACAGGCGCAGCUGCCGCCGCCGCUGGGAUUGCUGGCGCAGCUGCCAUUGCCUCGGGUAACAAGAACGAGCUCCACGCUCCCAAGCCGCACAGAAUUCCGUCGUCGGAGCCGCUCCAGGCUGGCCUCAGAGAAGAGCCGGCCGCUCUAUACCUCAUGAACAUGGUUGAGGAGCCCGCCGCUCCGGCACCGGCACCGGCACCCGCCGCGCCUGUGGCUGCGCCCGCGCCCGCGCCCGUGGCCGCCCCCAUUGUGGCCAAGCUGCCUACUCCCGAGCAGGAGAAGCCGCCUCGCCCUACAAUCGUCACCGAGACCCAGCGCUCCGACCAGGUCACACGUCGUCCGUCGGGUGCGCGUGCCGCUCCUACCCCUCGCUCGGCACUUGGUCCUUCACCCAGCAGUGCACGCAGUGACGAGGCCAAGGUUAUCCCUCCAGUCAUUCCCGAGGCCUCUCCUGCGGAGCGCUCGACCGAGUCUCUUAAUAGGUCACCCGAACCUGUGCGCAAGCCCCUUUCCCCCGAACCUGUUCGCAAGCCCCUUUCCCCCGAGCCGGCGCGCAAGGCGCUCUCACCUCCGCUGCAGAACGCGAACUCGCUUUCGCCCCAGUCGCCGGAGCAGAGGUCGCUCCAUUCGUCGCCUGGACGCGCACCGCCUAGCAGCGUUGGCAUCCCCGCUUCGAACACGAGCCACGACCUUGCCAACGACGCCGCCGCGUACAUGGCCUUUGCCGAGCAGCCGACGUCUCCCGUCCGGAACAAAGGCCACCUCCCCACGCCGCCCACGUCUGCAGUCGUUGCUGCGGGCGCGGCUGUCGCUGCUGCUGUCGGGGCCCCCGAGACGCGCUCGUCGUUCGCUCCCUCCAAGGCGGCGGCUGAGCGCCGCGCCAAGGCCGAGGCCGCCGCUGCCGAGCAGCGAUCCGCCAUGGCUGUCCCUGGUGGCGGCAAGCGUGCCAAGGGCAACAACCAGCAGCGCGGUGGAGAGAUUUGGAGCGGAAGUGAAGACGAGGAUGAGGACGAGGACUCACCUGUCGCUACGCAGCCCAGGCAUCCUCUUCCCGAGCCGACCAACUUGCCUCGCCGCGACAGCGUGCCUCGUGCCCUCCCUCCUGUCCCAGGAGGCCGCCAGCAGCCUCAGCAGCAAUACGAGAACUACGAUCGCAACGAGCGUACCGACCGCAACUAUGGAAACUACGUCCCCGAGCGUGACAUGUACCGCGACCAGUACAGGGACAGCAUCCGUGACAACGACUCGUUCUACCAGCCGCCGCCGAGCAUCAUCGAGCCUCGCCCACGAUCGCGCAGCCCACCGGCGCCGCACAGGCAGCUGCCUCAGCAGCCGCGCAAUGCGGGCCCCUUGCCUGCGCCUCCUGCACUCAAGCAGAACGUUUGGAACGCCAACUUUGCCGUUGAGCACGGCAUGACGGAGAACAAGGGCACGUUUGUGCAGCUUGACGAGCCGUCCGUUGCGCUCACGAAGGCGUUCCUCCCCGGCGGUCUGCUUGCGGCUGGUAUGCAGGACAAGGACGACCGCUCGGCCAAGCGCCAGGAGGAGGUCGCGCGCGAGACGGGUUCGGCUCUCGUCAAUGUGCCGGCCAAGCCGCCUCCUCCUCAGACGGGUCUGCUCGGCCAGGUCGCGGCGCACGAGGCCGACCGCAAGAACGCAGGUGGUAUCGGUGCCACACUCACCGAGCGCGACCGCGAGCGCCGCCUUGCCGAGGACCGUCAGCGCAAGAUUGAGGAGCUCCAACGCCAGCAGGUGGAGAGCCAGUCGAUGCACAGUGGCAUGUACGGCAACCCGUACGCACAGGGCUACCCUCCGUACGGCAUGCCUCCGGCGAUGGGCUACAACCCCUACGGCAUGAUGAACCCCGCGGCGCAGCAGCAGGCUAUGUACGCUGCUCAGUUAGCGUACCAGCAGACGAUGAUGGCCAUGUCGCAGGCUGGCUCGCAGAUGGGCGACGACCCUCGUGGUGGCGACGGACGCGCGUCGCCGGCUGGCAGCAUGCGCCCGUCCUCCCCGCCGUUCGCCGGCGGCUACGGGUACGGCUUCAUGCCUGCGCCGAGCAUGUACGGCGCGUUCCCUUCGCCGUACGGCAUGCAGGGUAUGCCGUCGCCCAACGCGCCUGGCUGGGGCAGCCCGAAUCCUGCGUUCCGCCAGACCAUGUUUGACGGCCAGGGUGUGCCCCAGCAGCACGACGGGUCGUACCCAAACAGCGAGCGAGGUGACGAGCAGCACCACAACGGCAACGGACGUGCUGCGUCGUAGAGUGCGAGGGUGGUAGAUAUGCCCGUCUUGAUGCGGUGUGGUGCCGGGUUAGUGACAUAAACGCGUGGUGUAAUGAGUUUGAUGUAAUUAGAUGGGCC